AUGGAGUCGCAACCAGCCCAAUCAAUCAGCGCAGAUGAGAUUGCGCUAUACGACCGCCAGAUUCGUCUCUGGGGAGUCAAGGCUCAAGAAAAGCUGCGAUCCGCGAACAUCCUACUCAUCACGUUUAAGGCGUUGGCAAACGAAGUUGCCAAGAACCUGGUGCUCGCAGGCAUCGGAUCCCUUACAAUCAUCGAUCAUGAAAAUGUGAAGGAGGAAGAUCUCGGUGCGCAAUUCUUCGUGAAUGAGGAUUGCCUGGGCCAGAACCGAGCACAAGCUGCCGCACCGGCUAUCCGCGCGAUGAACCCUCGGGUCCAGCUUCACAUUGACACAGAUGAUGUUCACCUAAAACAACCGGAAUACUUCGCACAGUUCGACAUCACGAUAGCGACGGAACUUGACUUCCACACGUACACCACCAUCAAUGCAGCUUGUCGGAUAGCCAACCGUCCCUUCUACGCCGCCGGACUGCACGGAUUCUACGGCUUUGUCUUCGCAGAUCUGAUAUCUCACGACUUUGUGAUCGAGCGAUCUAAAUCCAACGUCCCAUCCGUCACCCAGGAAACCCCGACCCGGAGCAUCUUGAACAUCACCACCAAGAAGGAAAACGAUAAGGUUAUCGAGAUGGUCACCAAGCGCGAAAUAUACUCUCCGCUGAUCUUGGCCAACACUUCCCCUCUCCCCGAGGACUUCACGCGACUCCCCCGCAAACGCAAACAAGUCACCCCGCUCCUCACCUGCCUUCGUGCCCUGUGGGAAUACCAGAAACUCUCCGCGGGCGCCCUGCCGACCUUCUCCCACCAAGACUUGGAGGUGUUCACCAAGCUCGCGAGAGACGGUCACCAGGAAUUGAAGCUGGACAUCGCCACCCUGGACGCCGAGUUCUUGCGCACCUUCUUGCAGAACCUGAACAGCGAGCUGAGCCCCGUGGCGGCGUUCGUCGGCGGCAGUCUGGCCCAAGACGUGAUCAACGUGCUCAGUGCCAGGGAACAGCCGCUCCAGAACAUGCUCCUGUUCGACGGUGAACGCUCGACCGCCCCCAUCUAUCCCUUGCACCCGAUUUUCCCACCAGCGAUCGAUAACAUACUGCCUGCUGUGGUCCCGGUCCCGAAUCCGAUCCCCUUGGAUGGGGCACCUGCUAUGGCACCUUUAUGA